UUGUUAUGACUGUGGGGUCCUGUUUCAGUCACUGGCGUCAGGCAGGCGCACGACAUGAACUUAAACUCUUUCACCUUCUGUUUAUCGCCGUAAAUAUUGAUUGGUAUGUCGACAACAUAACUACAACCACUUUUUUAAAGUUUUAAUUUGGCAUCAGGCAAAUAGAAGCGGGCGGUUGUAGAGUGUCAUUCACAUGUGACUUUGGGAAGGUGUCUGUUGAACUUGUAGGCUUAAUUUUUUUUCUCUCACCCAGGGUAAGUAAUGAAAGGAAGGCUAAAGAUCUUUUUAGGGGUUGGUUGAGUAACACAUCGGGGUUCCUUUCAUGUGGGUUAUUAUUUCAUGGUUUGAUACUUUGAUACAUUGUUACUUUCUUUCCGGGCUAAACAUUUUGGAUUGAUCAUAACCCGCUACUUUUUUUCUUUCUGAAUGCGUUGCAAAUAUGACGAUGUCAUCGACUCCACAUUUUUCUCAAGUUAUGGCGGAGCUGAAGUUUUCUAGCUUAUGUUGAGCGCUGAGAGCACCAGUGUUUGCUGAUGGAGCACCUCCAGGGAGCAUGGAAGACCCUGAGCAACGGCUUUGGGAUGAAGGACUCUGUGUUCGAGGGCCCUUGCCUUUCCCCGACCAUGGUGCAGGGCUUCCCCUCCCAGCGCCGCUCCUCCGACGACAGUAAGAUCCCCGACUCCAAGACCAGCAGCACCAUCCGCGUCUACCUCCCCAACCAGCAGCGCACAGUGGUGAAUGUGAGGCCAGGUAUGACCCUGCACAGCUGCCUGAUCAAAGCGCUGAAGGUGCGGGGCCUGCAACCGGAAUGCUGUGCUGUCUUCAGACUGCACCCAGGACAGAGGAGUAAAAAGUCACGUAUGGAUUGGAAUACCGACUCUACCUCACUAAUUGGGGAAGAACUGCUGGUGAAAGUCUUAGAUCAUGUCCCCUUGACGACGCACAACUUUGUUCGGAAAACAUUUCUGAAGUUGGCCUUCUGCGAUAUAUGCCAGAAGUUCCUUUUGAACGGUUUCCGUUGCCAAACAUGUGGCUACAAAUUCCAUGAGCAUUGCAGCACCAAAGUGCCCACGAUGUGUGUGGAUUGGAGCAACAUCAGACAGCUCCUGUUGUUCCCGACACCAGGUGAAAGUGGGGGUCCAUCUCUUCCUCCUCUUACUUCUCGGCGAAUGAGAGAAUCGCUGUCCCGACUCCCCAGCAGCUCUCUGCACCGCUGCUCCACCCCUCAUGCCUUCAACUACACGGCCCCCUACCCACCCACGGUGGGCGCUCUGUCCCAGAGGCAGCGCUCCACCUCCACGCCCAACGUCCACAUGGUCAGCACCACCCUGCCCGUCGACAGCAGCAUGAUCGAGCUAGAUGAUCUGAAUACCUCCCCUAGCUCAUGGUGCAGGUGUUUCUGGCUGAAGAGGAGAGUAGAUAUUAUUCGCUUCUCCAACUCUUUUGUUGAGGCGACGUCAGAGAGCCCAGACAAGGAAGCAAUGCGUAAUCAUGAAGCAAUGCGUAAUCAUGACUCAGGCGGGAGUUCCCCCAGCCAGAGUCCCACAGGCUGGUCCCAGUCUAACACCCCAGCUCCAGACAGACGAGAAAGGGCUCCUUCAUUCAACACUCAGGAGAAACACAAAAUACGUCCGAGGGACAAGCGGGACUCCAGUUACUACUGGGAGAUUGAGGCCAGUGAAGUGGUGCUACACUCCUGUAUCGGCUCAGGCUCCUUCGGAACGGUAUACAAAGGGAAAUGGCACGGUGACGUAGCGGUGAAGAUCCUAAAGGUGAUUGACCCCACGCCAGAGCAGUUCCAGGCCUUCAGAAACGAGGUGGCUGUCCUUAGGAAAACGCGGCACGUCAACAUCCUGUUGUUCAUGGGCUACAUGACGAAGGACAACCUGGCCAUCGUGACCCAGUGGUGUGAGGGCAGCAGCCUCUACAAACACCUUCACGUCCAGGAGACCAACUUCCAGAUGUUCCAGCUUAUAGACAUCGCCAGGCAGACAGCUCAGGGCAUGGACUAUUUGCACGCCAAAAACAUCAUCCACCGGGACAUGAAGUCAAACAAUAUCUUCCUACAUGAGGGCCUGACGGUGAAGAUAGGAGACUUUGGUCUGGCCACGGUCAAGGCCAGGUGGAGUGGUUCUCACCAGGUGGAGCAACCCUCAGGGUCCAUACUGUGGAUGGCUCCUGAGGUUAUCCGUAUGCAGGACAACAUGCCCUAUAGUUUCCAGUCUGAUGUGUACUCCUACGGUGUUGUCCUCCAUGAGCUGAUGACGGGAGAGCUGCCAUACUCACAGAUAGCCAACAGAGACCAGAUCAUCUUCAUGGUGGGCCGGGGGUACCUGUCUCCAGACCUCAGUAAGCUUUAUAAGAGCUGUCCUAAGGCCAUGAAGAGGCUGGUGGCUGACUGCAUCAAGAAAAUCAAGGACGAGAGGCCACUGUUCCCCCAGAUCCUGUCGUCAAUUGAGCUGCUCCAGCAUUCCCUGCCUAAGAUCAACCGCAGUGCCUCAGAACCCUCCAUGCACAGAGCCUCCCACACUGAGGACAUUAACGCCUUCACUUCCACCUAUAGCAGACUGCCUGUGUUCUAGAACUACAAUACCCAACCUGUCCCUCCUACCUGCUCCUGUUCCAAAACAUACACGUGUGUGCAUGAGCAUACACACACACACACACACACACACACACACACACACACACACACACACACACACACACACACACACACACACACACACCCAAAUAUCUUCAGUGGCUUAUGAAAGUAUUCACCCCCCUUGGCAUUCUUCCUAUUUUGUUGCCUUACAACCUGGAAUUAAAUAGAUUUUUUGGGGGGUUCGUAUCAUUUGAUUUACACAACAUGUCUACCACUUUGAAGAUGCAAAAUAUUUUUUAUUUUUUGUUGUGAAACAAACAAGAAAUAAGACAAAAGAAAUGAAAACUUGAGCGUGCAUAACUAUUCACCCCCCCCCCCCCCCCCAAAGUCAAUACGUUGUAGAGCCACCUUUUCAGUAAUUACAGCUGCAAGUCUCUUGGGGUAUGUCUCUAUAAGCUUGGCACGUCUAGCCACUGGGAUUUUUGCCCAUUCUUCAAGGGAAAACUGCUCUUGCUUGGAUGGGUUCCGCUGGUGUACAGCAAUCUUCAAGUCAUACCACAGAUUCUCAAUUGGAUUGAGGUCUGGGCUUUUACCAUUCCAAGACAUUAAAAUGUUUCCCCUUAUACCACUCAGGUGUUGCUUUAGCAGUAUGCUUAGGGUCAUUGUCCUGCUGGAAGGUGAACCUCCGUCCCAGUCUCAAAUCUCUGGAAGACUGAAACAGGUUUCCAUCAAGAAUUUCCCUGUAUUUAGAGCCAUCCAUCAUUCCUUCAAUUCUGACCAGUUUCCCAGUCCCUGCCGAUGAAAACAUCCCCACAGCAUGAUGCUGCCAUCACCAUGCUUCACUGUGAGGAUGGUGUUCUCAGGGCGAUGAGAGGUAUUAGGUUUGCGCCAGACAUAGCGUUUUCCUUGAUGGCCAAAAAGCUACAUUUUAGUCUCGUGACCAGAUUACCUUCUUCCAUAUGUUUGGGGAGUGCCUUUUGGCGAACACCAAACGUGUUUGCUUAUUUUUUUUUCUUUAAGCAAUGGCUUUUUUCUGGCCACUCUUCCGAAAAGCCCACCUCUGUGGAGUGUACGGCUUAAAGUGGUCCUAUGGACAGUUACUCCAAUCUCCGCUGUGGAGCUUUGCAGCUCCUUCAGGGUUAUCUUUGGUCUCUUUGUUGCCUCUCUGAUUAAUGCCCUCCUUGCCUGGUCUGUGAGUUUUGGUGGGCGGCCCUCUCUUGGAAGGUUUGUUGUGGUGCCAUAUUCUUUCCAUUUUUUAAUAAUGGAUUAAAUGGUGCUCUGUGGGAUGUUCAAAGUUUCAGAUAUUUUUUUAUAACCAAACCCUGAUCUGUACUUCUCCACAACUUUGUCCCUGGCCUGUUUGGAGAGUUCCUUGGUCUUCAUGGUGCCGCUUGCUUGGUGGUGCCCCUUGCUUAAUGGUGUUGCAGAUUCUGUGGCCUUUCAGAACAGGUGUAUGUAUACUGAGAUCAUGUGACAGAUCAUGUGACACUUAGAUAGGCACACAGAUGGACUUUAUUUAACAAAUUAUGUGACUUCUGAAGGUAAUUGUUUGCACCAGUUUAUUUAUUUUUUGUUUGUUUUUUUAACAAGUUAUUUUUUUCAUUUCACUUCACCAAUUUGGACUAUUUUGUGUAUUUCCGUUCUAUGAAAUACAAAUCUAUUUAAAUUACAGGUUACAAUGCAACAAAAUAGGAAAAUGCAAAGGGGAUGAAUACUUUUGCAAGGCAUUGUAUGGCGUAGAAAAAGAGGAGUGACUGGGGGUAAAAGGAAUCCUCUGACAGUGACGGUGGAUGGGAUCAAUAUGGGAUUUCAGUCACUGACUGAGUUUUUCCAGUGACUGUUUUGGCAUGGAGAGAAGAGAAAAAUAUUGACUACCCAUUGGGUUGGAGAUGAUUGAUGGUGAAUGAAAUUCAUGCAAAUUAUAGGGUUAAUCAGAGGCCUACGGUAAUUUUCUCCAUUGCUAAAAUGGGUGCAAUGGACAGAGUGGCAAUGCAGUUAGUGGAACAUGUAAAUAUGUGAAAAAAAGCACACCCACCUGGGGACAGAGAGGCAGAGACAGUGAAGGAAAUGCCUGAGAGAGAGUGAAAUAAGAGGCUCUCUAUCUCUGAGCUGUGAAGCACACCUUUCUGUCUGACAGGACUGACUGCCCUACUUUCUUAUGAAGAAGAUAUUCUCUAAGCUGACCUGCCUGAAGAGGAGAUGAAGCCUAGACCAAGACACCCUGGACAACCACCUUCUAGGAUGAUUCUUAUCAAAAACAUUGUGAUCCAUCUAUUGGUUUUGCAGGGGUAUUUGAUUGUACAUAGUCUUAAAUCAGAUAGAGAUUUGAAAUUAUUAUCAAUGUCUUCAUCUUCAUGCUUUUAUCAUUUUUUUCCUUAAUUCUGGAAAACAUUACAACUUGUCAAGCAUGACUGAUUGAUUUUUAUUUGAACAUUUUAACAAACGCAAUGGCUAUGUUUCUACGGUCCAUGUGAUUGGUUCAUGGCUUUGCAGAGUGUUCUGAUCAGUAGUUACCCACACAUAUUAAUCAGCCUUCUCUUUGGGUAAACCAUCAUGAGCUGGAUAUUGGGCAAUUGUCUUUAAUAUUUAAACAAUUAUUUGAAAUCUAAUUUGCAUUUUGUCUGCCAUGUCUCUUUCAGGAGGUACAUUUCUUUUUUAUUGUAAACCUGAGAAUGUUGUUUAUUUCAUGUUAUUUUAAUAAAAUUAAGUUAAACUAA